GAAGGGGCCAUCCCCAAACUGUUCCCACAAAGUUGGGAACAUGAAAUUGCCAAAAAUGUCUUUAGCUAUGGACUCUCCAGACAGUUAGCAACUUCUGUGCAAUGUACACUUAUGCAUGCGCUGACCCCGCUCUGUCAUUUUACGUGGCCAACCACUUUGUGGCUGAGUUGCUGUUGUUCCCAGUUGCUUCCACUUUGUUAUAAUGCCACUAACAGUUGACCGUGGAUCAUUUAGUAGCAACAAAAUUUCACAGAUGGACUUAUUGCACAGGUGGCAACCUAUCAUGGUACCAUGCUUGAAUUCACUGAGCUCCUGAGAGUGACCCAU